AUGGCCGACCCAUUCCAAGACGCGCCCGAGAUCCCCGUCCUCCUCCUUGGCGAUCCUGGGGUUGAUCACAUCACUCAUGUCUCCUCCAGCCGCCUCACCCUAGGCCUCCACCCCAACACUCCCACCCGCACCCCCCUCCCCACCCUCCGCGACCUCGACCAACCCUUCCCCUUCCACAUCCGCCUCUACAACCGCCCCUACCGCUUCGAGUUCUCCGACACCGCGUCCCCUACCAACUACACCCUUCUCCGUCCCGCGCUGAUAAUCCUCUGCUACUCCAUCGCUAUCCCCUCCUCCUUAGCCAAUAUCCAGAAGUACUGGAAGGAGGUGGUGGAGCGGCAUUUCAACUACGAUGAGAGUCUGCCUGUUAUUCUGCUCGGGUUAGGCAGGGAUGUGCGGCAGAAGGAGGAUUACGGCGGGAGAGUGAAGAGGUUGGCGGAUGAAGGGGAGGGGGAGGAGACGGGGUUGGUGGGGCGGGGGUUCGUGUAUCCGCAGGAGGGGCUGCGGGUGGCGCAGGAGAUGCGGUGUGAUGUUUAUUGCGAGUGUAGUGCGUUGACUGGGGAAGUGAGUUGA